AGAGAGAGAGAGAGAGGAGGGACAUAGAGCAGCACACAGAGCCAGUCUGUUUUCAGCUCCUAGUUCUCUGCCAGACAGCACUCGCCCAUCCACCAUCACACACACUUACACACAUUCACUCUCACUGCACGACAGCUGACAACACCUUCCCAUUUUCUCAGCUGCACCACAGACCCACACAGUCAGACCUAAAAGAGAAGAAGAAGAAGAAAACCCGACUCGAUUUGUCCUGUACACACCGACACGCAGACACACCAGCUCUGAGGAGGCUGGGUCGAGGCUGGAAAGGGUGACUGGAGAAUGGAAUGGAACCUCAGAAGGAUGGAAAGUGAACUGAGGCACAUCAACCCAGACCUGCUGCAGCCCAGCAAGAGCUUCAAGAAGCCCUCCUCAGGCACCAUCACCCUUAAUGUAGGGGGGUUCCUGUACACCGCUCACCGGACCACCCUUGGCAAGCAGCAGGGGUCUUUUCUAGAAGAGCUUGCCAACGGUAAAAAGCCAGUUCAGCACACAGAUUCCAUGGGCAACCCAUUCAUCGACAGAGAUGGUCCGGUUUUUCGCCAUGUGCUCAACUAUCUCCGCACCGGAGAGCUGCAGCUACCUGACGACUUCCGGGAGGCGGGGCUCCUGCGUCGGGAGGCUGAUUUUUACCGUCUGACUGAACUGGUGGAGGCCGUGGUCGAGUGGGAAAGCCAGAGGGCAGCCCUGCGCGAACCGGCGUUUUUGGAGGUGACGGAUAGCCACGAGAGGUCACAGGGCCUUAAGGUGUACUGCAGCGAUGCCGGCUUCAUCGACAAGGUCAAAGGGCGGCUGGUGCAGAUCUCCAAGAGCCGACUGGACGGCUUUCCGGAAGAAUUCGUGGUGUCGUCCAACGUGAUCCAGUUCCGACACUUCAUCAAGUCAGAACCCGGCUCCCGCCUCGUUCUGAAGGAAGACAGCACAUUCCUGUGCACACUUGACUGUCUGAAACUAGAAACAGUAAUGCUAGCGCUGAGAUCAGGCUUCAAGCUGGUCACCAGCCUUGACAGCAGCAAAGGCUCCGUGGUGGCAGCUGAGGCCCUCCACUUUGUCAAGUAGAACGGAGAGAAACAGAGGGAGGAGAGAGGGAGACAGAGAGAGGAAAGAGUAGUGCCUGAUUCCACAUCCACACUGCUAAUGUAAGACACUGGUUUGAAAAUGUCGUAAGAUGUGCUAAGCUGUAACGUGUCAUUUGGUUGAAGGAGGAGAACAGGUGGGUGGGACUGAUUCACAGAACAGUGGUUUACAAACACAGGAUAUAACAAGUUUUGGGUGAUCUUUAUUAGUAGAACGGCAUUUUGGCACCAUCCUUUGCACUGCUUUGUAAGCUAGUAUUAAUAGCAUUCAGAGUGAUCCAGAUUAUCUUAAUAUUAAUGAUAUCUGAAUUGUAUCUGAUUAGGUAUUACACAAAGCAUCAGUAAUAUGGAAGAAGAGCCAAAUGUGAAUUCUUCUUUAGAGAAAGUGAAUGGAAACUGAGACCGACAGCUUUAUCAGUGGAUUUGUUUCGACACAAGAAAUGCUUCUGCUGCUUUGUCAACGGCUGCAAAAGCCUUCAAAACCAGGCGUGAUGUGCACUGUUGUGCCAUUCAGCUUUUACUACAGUCUGUGUGUGCGUGUGUGUGCGUUGCUAUACACCGUGUGUGCUGUGUUUAGUUGGUUUAAUAGCUUGUGUGUAGUUUAUUAGCUUCUCUGGAGCUUGAAGGAAAAACCACAGCUCAUUAAGGUUGUCUUGGAUGGACAAACAAACUUCACAUCCAAACGUCAAGCUAAGCUGAAGUGCAAAGAACUGUGACUAUUGUAAGGGCUUUGAACCUAGCAUGAUGCAUGUGCACUAAAUAAACUGUGUUUGUUAGUGCUGUGAGCCUCUGUGAAACCGGUGCCACAACAAUGCCUUUUACUUUCAGUGUGAAUAUUUUACAAAUAAAAGUGAGACCAAAA